CGGGGAGGGGCGGAGCUAUGGAGAGGAGGAGGAAGAUGGCGGGCGGGCGGCUCUGAAGAGACCUCGGCGGCGGCGGAGGAGGAGAGAAGCGCAGAGCCGCGCCGCGCCUGGGCCCAUGUGGGGAGGAGUCGGAGUCGCUGUUGCCGCCGCCGCCGCCGCCGCCGCCGCCGCCUGUAGCUGCUGGACCCGAGUGGGAGUGAGGGGGAGACGGCAGGAUGAAGUUCGCCGAGCACCUCUCUGCGCACAUCACUCCCGAGUGGAGGAAGCAAUACAUCCAGUAUGAGGCUUUCAAGGAUAUGCUGUAUUCAGCUCAGGACCAGGCACCUUCUGUGGAAGUUACAGAUGAGGACACAGUAAAAAGGUAUUUUGCCAAGUUUGAAGAGAAAUUUUUCCAAACCUGUGAAAAAGAACUUGCCAAAAUCAAUACAUUUUAUUCAGAGAAGCUCGCGGAGGCUCAGCGCAGGUUUGCUACACUUCAAAAUGAGCUUCAGUCAUCGCUGGAUGCACAGAAAGAAAGCACUGGUGUUACCACGCUGCGACAACGCAGAAAGCCAGUCUUCCACUUGUCCCAUGAGGAACGUGUCCAACAUAGGAAUAUUAAAGAUCUUAAACUGGCCUUCAGCGAGUUCUACCUCAGUCUAAUCCUGCUGCAGAACUAUCAGAAUCUGAAUUUUACAGGGUUUCGAAAAAUCCUUAAAAAGCAUGACAAGAUCCUGGAAACAUCUCGUGGAGCAGAUUGGCGAGUGGCUCACGUAGAAGUGGCUCCAUUUUAUACAUGCAAGAAAAUCAACCAGCUUAUCUCUGAAACUGAGGCUGUAGUGACCAAUGAACUUGAAGAUGGUGACAGACAAAAGGCUAUGAAGCGUUUACGUGUCCCCCCUUUGGGAGCUGCUCAGCCUGCACCAGCAUGGACUACUUUUAGAGUUGGCCUAUUUUGUGGAAUAUUCAUUGUACUGAAUAUUACCCUUGUGCUUGCCGCUGUAUUUAAACUUGAAACAGAUAGAAGUAUAUGGCCCUUGAUAAGAAUCUAUCGGGGUGGCUUUCUUCUGAUUGAAUUCCUUUUUCUGCUGGGCAUCAACACGUAUGGUUGGAGACAGGCUGGAGUAAACCAUGUACUCAUCUUUGAACUUAAUCCAAGAAGCAAUUUGUCUCAUCAACAUCUCUUUGAGAUUGCUGGAUUCCUUGGGAUAUUGUGGUGCCUGAGCCUUCUGGCUUGCUUCUUUGCUCCAAUUAGUGUCAUCCCCACAUAUGUGUAUCCGCUUGCUCUUUACGGAUUUAUGGUUUUCUUCCUUAUCAACCCCACCAAAACUUUCUACUAUAAGUCCCGGUUUUGGCUACUUAAACUGCUGUUUCGAGUAUUUACAGCCCCCUUCCAUAAGGUAGGCUUUGCUGAUUUCUGGCUGGCCGAUCAGCUGAACAGCCUGUCAGUGAUACUGAUGGACCUGGAAUAUAUGAUCUGCUUCUACAGUUUGGAGCUCAAAUGGGAUGAAAGUAAGGGCCUGUUGCCAAAUAAUUCAGAAGAAUCAGGAAUUUGCCACAAAUACACAUAUGGUGUGCGGGCCAUUGUUCAGUGCAUUCCUGCUUGGCUUCGCUUCAUCCAGUGCCUGCGCCGAUAUCGAGACACAAAAAGGGCCUUUCCUCAUUUAGUUAAUGCUGGCAAAUACUCCACAACUUUCUUCAUGGUGACGUUUGCAGCCCUUUACAGCACUCACAAAGAACGAGGUCACUCGGACACCAUGGUGUUCUUUUACCUGUGGAUUAUCUUUUAUAUCAUUAGUUCCUGCUAUACUCUCAUCUGGGAUCUCAAGAUGGACUGGGGUCUCUUUGAUAAGAAUGCUGGAGAAAAUACUUUCCUUCGGGAAGAGAUUGUAUACCCCCAAAAAGCCUACUACUACUGUGCCAUAAUAGAGGAUGUAAUUCUGCGCUUUGCUUGGACUAUCCAAAUCUCGAUUACCUCUACAACUUUGUUGCCUCAUUCUGGGGACAUCAUUGCUACUGUGUUUGCCCCUCUUGAGGUUUUCCGGCGAUUUGUGUGGAACUUCUUCCGUCUGGAGAAUGAACAUCUGAAUAACUGUGGUGAAUUCCGUGCUGUGCGGGACAUCUCUGUGGCCCCUCUGAACGCAGAUGAUCAGACUCUCCUAGAACAGAUGAUGGACCAGGAUGAUGGGGUACGAAACCGCCAGAAGAACCGGUCAUGGAAGUACAACCAGAGCAUAUCCCUGCGCCGGCCUCGCCUCGCUUCUCAAUCCAAGGCUCGUGACACUAAAGUAUUGAUAGAAGACACAGAUGAUGAAGCUAACACUUGAAAUUUCUGAAGUCUAGAUUAAUGUUUGGUUUUCCUACUCUACAAUCCUUUCCUCGACCAACGCAACCUCUAGUACCUUUCCAGCCGAAAACAGGAGAAAACACGUAACACAUUUUCCGAGCUCUUCCGGAUCGGAUCCUAUGGACUCCAAACAAGCUCACUGUGUUUCUUUUCUUUUCUUCUGGUUUAAUUUUAAUUUUGUAUUUUUAAAACAAAUAUUUACUUCAUUUGCCAAUCAGAGGACGUUUUAAGGAACAAAACAUAGUAUCUUAUGGAUUGUUUACAAUCACAAGGACAUAGAUACCUAUCAGGAUGAAGAACAGGCAUUGCAAGGACCCUCUGAUGGGAUGGUACUGAGAUAUCUCGGCUUCCGCUAGGCCCGGUUUUGACUGGUUGAAACCGGACAUUGGUUUUUAAAUUUUUUGUCAGUUUAUGUGGAGAAUUUUUUUCUUUCCUUCAUACCCAGCGCAAAGGCACUGGCCGCACUUGCAGGAAAAGUGCAACUUAAAGCAGUACCUUCAUUCAUGAAGCUACUUUUUAAUUUGAUGUAACUUUUCUUAUUUUGGGGAGGGUUGCUGGGUGGGUGGGAAAUAUGAUGUUAUUUGUUACACAUAGUUUUCUCAUUAUUUAUGAAACUUAACCAUAAGAGAAUGAUAGAACUCCUGUGCAAUGAAGGUAAUAACAGUAAAAGAAGGCAGGGGAAACUUAAUGUUGGAUGACAUUUGUGAGGGUCAGUCCCACAUACCUCUUUCAGGAGACAACUUGCACCAGUUUGACCUUUUCUUUCCUUUAUUUUUAUUUUAAGCCAAAGUUUCAUUGCUAACUUCUUAAGUUGCUGCUGCUUUAGAGUCCUGAGCAUAUCUCUCAUAGCAAGGAAUCACCACACUUCCACACCACUGACUGAAUUUCAUAGAAGUUCUGAUACUUUUUUUAACUUUUUAAGGAACAGAUGUGGAAUAUACUUGCCCAUGUUUCAACCUUAACAGCUAAAGCUAUGCCUUAUUAUGCAUUGGCAUCUAUGGUCACUGUAGCGUGACCUUUCCUGGCUCUGAAUUAGAAGACAGAGCUAUUUCAGAGGCUCUCUGUGCCCUCAAUAGAUAGUUUUUCUUCUAGGUUCAACCACUUUAGCCAGAAUUUGAUCAAAUUAAAACUCUGUCAUGGGGAAACUGUAUUUUUGAGCGCAUGGAACAAAUUAUCUUUCCUCAUGCACAUUAUGUUGAUACAAAAGACCUUGGCAGCCAUUUCUCACAGCAGUUUUAAAGGAUGAACAUUGGAUUUGAUGCCAUCCCAUGAUAGAAAACCUGCUUUAAAAUUUUAGGGAUCUAAAGUUAGUCAUACAUAAAAAGUAUAUGCUUAGAAAUUAUAGACUGUUAUGAUCUGUCCACAGUGCCCGUUGUCACUUCUUUGUCUCAUUUCUUCCCUUUGUUCCUUAGUCAUCCAAAUAAGCCUGAAAACCAUAAGAGAUACCACUUUAUUGAAUAUGGUUGGCAUUAAAUUUAGCAUUUCAUUAUCUAAGGGAAUUAAUAUAAAUUCUAGGACAUGGUAAAAUGUGUUUUAAUAACCCCCAGACCCAGGUGAAAUUUCCAAAGUCAAUACCAGCAGAUUCAUGAAAGUAAAUUUAAUUCUGUAAUUUUCAGCUUAAUUAUUAAAAAAAAAAAAAAAAGGAACAAUACGUGGAAGGCCAGCUAUUACCAUUUGCUUAGUCUUAAAAACAUAUGGUUACUGCCCUUUAUACACUCAUAUCAUCAGCACUUCUCCAGUAAGAUUAAAGUUACUUUUACUAGAAAAUUUUAAUCAAUUAACUGACAGGUAGUUUCUUUUUAAAGCAGUUUCUUCUUAAAGCAGUUUCUUCCAUCUUUAUUCUGACUAGCUUCCAAAAUUUGUUCCCCUUCUGAAUCGAGUUUUUGUUUUGUUCUGUUUUGUUUUUUUUUUUUUUUUCUAAAAAAUCAUACAACUUUGUGCUUCUAUUGCUUUUUUGUGUUUUGUCAAGCAUGUCCCUUGACCCAAAGUGGAAGAGGAAAUGUUUAAUUAAUGUUUUUUUAGUUUAAAUAAAUUGAAUCAUAUAUAAUAAUCAGUGUUAACAAUUUAGUGACCCUUGAUAGAUUAAAGGUUGCAUUAUUUAUACUUGGGAUUUUUUCCCCCUAACUAUUCUGUUUUUUGUACUUUAUGGGGGAAAUAUCACUGGUCUAUCAAGAAACAGCAGUAAUUAUUAGAGUUAAAUUGAAAAGUCCCGUGGACCAGGCAUUUCUUGUACAAAUAAAAUUGGUGGUACUAAUGUGUAUCCAGAGCCAUUUGAAUUGUUAACUUUAUUCCCUCAGUAAAUCUCUGAUGGCACGCAUAGAAUCUUACAGUUGACUUCUGCUAUUUGAAUUCCCCAGUGUUUUUAUGUUAAUGUAUCCUAUGGCCAGUUUAGUUUUUCUUCAACUGUUAUUCUAGGCCCUAAUUAGUCUUAUUUAUUCACAUAUGAUGCAACGACAAAAUGUAAUCCUUUUCUGAAGUGUUUGUCGGAUUCGCAUAGUCUGUUCAAAAAUAAGGCUUGUGUAACUUUCAGCUGGCUCUGAGGCUUAAGUGUGUAUUUAAAUACACAGCUUUAUAUUCCUCUUAAAGCUGUAAAGAGAAAAGAGGGCUCUUCCUCAUUAAGAGAGCUUGGGAGACAAAGCAUACAUUUAAUUUGUUUCUUUCCAAAAAGGCAAUCUUUACUUUCUUCUCCUAAAUUUCAUAUGCUGUGUCCACCCUACAUUCUUUUUGGAGGCGCCCAUGCACUGAAACUCUUAAUAGAACUCUUAAAAAUGCAUAUCA